GCAGAAAUUUUCUUCACUCGCCGCGAAGAUUUCACAGCGUUUGGGCGUGUUUCUUUACCCCGUUUCUGCCUGAGCAAAUCCACAUACAUAUGCGGGCUCAAUUAAUUCAUAAAUAUAGUAUAUCAACAAAAACAGGAAGAACGCCGUCAAAGUGCUGCAUUCAAUUAAGAAUAUUGAUUGAAAAACUCUCGUGAUAAAUCAAACUCCACUUCGAAUUCGCAUCUCGUUCUUUGUACAUGUGUGUCUGUGUUGGCGUGUGGGUAGCAUUUGUAUUAGUGCGUGAGCAAAUUAUUGUAUAAUCGCCAAAAAAAAAAAAAAAAAAUAAUAAAAAGCAAAAACGCCAACGCGAGAACCAAAAGCUAUACAAACAGAAAACCUUGCUGAGCUACGGAAUUCAAAAAAUUGUCUUUACCUGUUUUGAACUCGUAAUUAAAAUAAAGUUACCAACAAAAACUAAUAAAAAUUAAACCUUAAUUUCAAACCUUGCUGACCUACUGAUUUUAAUGAUUACCACAAAGUCAUUAUAAUUAACUACCUACAUAUAAACCAUAAAAGAAACCAGUUAAGCUACUGAAAAUCGACCAGAAAGCCAGCUGAUCUACAAAAACCUCUUGAACUGCUGAAUUCAUCGAUUACCCAGCAUGCAGGCCAUCAAGUGUGUGGUUGUGGGCGACGGAGCGGUGGGUAAGACCUGCCUGCUGAUCAGCUAUACGACCAACGCCUUUCCCGGCGAAUAUAUACCCACCGUAUUCGAUAAUUACUCGGCCAAUGUGAUGGUGGAUGCCAAGCCCAUCAACCUGGGCCUCUGGGAUACAGCCGGUCAGGAGGAUUACGAUCGUUUGCGACCUCUGUCCUAUCCCCAGACAGAUGUCUUCCUCAUCUGUUUCUCACUGGUCAAUCCGGCUUCCUUUGAGAAUGUGAGAGCCAAGUGGUUCCCCGAGGUGCGUCAUCACUGCCCAAGUGUUCCGAUAAUUCUCGUUGGAACUAAACUGGAUCUUCGCGACGACAAACAGACGAUCGAAAAACUGAAGGAUAAGAAACUGACGCCCAUUACCUAUCCCCAGGGCUUGGCAAUGGCCAAAGAGAUAGCUGCCGUGAAAUAUCUGGAGUGUUCGGCCUUGACCCAAAAGGGUCUGAAGACGGUCUUCGAUGAGGCCAUCCGUUCGGUUCUAUGUCCCGUGGUUCGAGGUCCCAAACGACACAAGUGCGCGCUGCUCUAAGAACUUUGAACCCACCAAAAAAAAAAAAGUAACAAAAAAUAACCAGAACUUAACUGAAAGAGAACAAAGUGCAAAUUUCUGUGCAAAAUUUUCAUAUUUCGCUUUGUCGGACUUACAGUUACAAUUAGUAUGAGUUUGUGUGUGUGACUGCGACUUUAACGUGUGAAUGUGACGGCAUGAGUGUGUGAAUGAGUGAGCGUAUUUUUGUUUUUAUUGUCAGCUUUAUGUGGGGGAGCAGCAGCCACAAAAACAACAACAGCUAUCUGCACAGGGCGGGGGGUUGGGUCUCUGGGGGGCAGAUCACGGAUAGAAAGAUAUGUAUACGCAUACGCAUACAUAUAUGAUAGUGGGCAUACACGGGAAAAAAUAAUUAUUGAUUAACUUCUCCAAUUUACAUUUUAUUUUCAUGGGUUUGAGUUAUGACAAUAUAAAAAUACGUUUUUAACUUGAAU